AUGCAGUCGGAGAAACAAAGCAAGACCGACCAGGUCAUUAAACCUCAGACAGCAGAAGGCAUUUCCCUUGAGGCUAUCGAGCAGUGUAACAUGAUCGAUCCCAAGAUACACAAGAAGGCGAUGCUCAAGCUCGAUACUGUCGUCUUGGGAUGCUUCGGUAUCAUGUACCUGUUGGCCAACCUCGACCGCAACAACCUCGGAAACACAAACAUCAUGGGCCUCCCUAAGGACCUGAACCUCAAGGGCAACGAGUUCGGCAAUGCUGUCACCCUCUUUUUCGCCACCUACGUUGCUUUCGAGGCCCCGUGCUCCAUCGCCCUCAAAGUUGUCGGACCCAAGAAUCUCCUCUCAUUUUGCAUGCUCGGCUGGGGCGUCGUUUGCCUCGGAAUGGGAUUUAUAAAGAAUGCAAACCAGUUGUAUGCUUGCCGACUCCUCAUUGGUUUUUUCGAGGCUGGUCUGAUCCCGUGCAUUAACGCUUACAUUGGCAUGGUGUACUUGCGGUCAGAGAUGUCCCUUCGGUCAGCCAUAAUGUACGGCUUCAGUGCCUUUGCCGGCGCCGUGGGCGGUCUGCUUGCUUCUGCUGUUUCCAACAUUCACGCUGGUGGUCUGCCUUCGUGGUCCUGGCUGUUUAUUAUUGAGGGACUCUUGACCAUUGUCCUGGUUCCCGUCAUAUACGCUGUCUUCCCCAAGGAUCCUCGGACGGCAUGGUUCCUGAACGAAGAGGAACGUCGUGUCAUCAGCCUUCGAUUCGAGCUCAACCCUCACCUGUCGAUGAACGAAGCGUUUUCAUGGCCCAAGAUCCUCAGCGCCUUCAAGGACCCGAAAAUGUACCUGCACUCGAUUCUCGAAUUCUCCGUCUCGCUCUCGCUGUUUAGCUUCAUGACGUUCCUGCCGGCCAUCAUCCGCGGUCUCGGAUACACCAGCGUCCACGCACAGCUUCUCACCGUCCCUGUUUAUCUGUGGGCCACGGUAUCCUACGUUAUUAUCGCCCUCUUGUCGGAUCGUGUUGGUCUGCGAGCUCCUUUCAUUCUUGGUGCCUGUCUCUUCCUCAUCAUCGGGUAUUCCAUCAAUCUAGGUACUGAGGCUCUUGGCGCCCGUUAUGCCGCCGUCUUCAUCAUCGGCUGCGGUGUCUAUGCUACUGCCGGUCUUUCCAUUGUGUGGCUCAAUAGCAACUUUGCCGGCCACUACAAACGUGCAACCGCCCUCGGCGUCACCUUCAGUGUCGGAAACUCAUCCGGUAUCGUCGUCGGCCAAAUUUUCACUGCUCAGACAGCGCCUCGCUACGUAAGAGGCACUGGCAUUACCAUGGGUUUUGCAGGCUUUGCCAUGCUGCUCGUCUGCGUCAAUGCCUUGGCGCUGCACUACGUGAACAAGCAGCGUGUCGAGCGUCUUGCCGCACGUGAGCCAUCUACAGGUAGAGAACAGGGAGAGAAGGAUGAGUCAAGAAUGUGGGACCUGACGAGAAUGAACUUGAUCAACUGGCGGGCCAACUCUCAGAGUUUAAUAUGA